GCGCCAAGCGGCGCGGGAGUCGUGCGAGCCGGCGGGACUGCGGAGGGCGAGUGGACCCAGCCAGGAAGCCCCGAACCACGUGCCAACUGGGAAGGUGAUGGUCAGCGAGGCCAGCCCAGCCUAAUCUGGGGCUCCAACUCCUGCAGUCCUCCGACCUGCAGACCCUGCCAAGGAGGGGGGACUGGAUGUGGGAGGCAGGAUCUGAGGGACCUGGGGAGAAGCAGGCUUUGCUGGUAGAGUAGAAGAUCCUUUUGCUGCAGUGGUGGACAGGGGGUCCUUGUCUGACUGUGGCAGGGUCUUCACCCCUCUAGGCAUCUUCACUGACCUGGAAGAUCUGGGGUUGGACUGAUGACUUGUGGCCGCCCCUGAGGCUCUGAGGACUGGGACUUUAAACUGGGGUUAGCGGCCUGUGCCAAGCCCACUGAAUUCACUGGUGGAGCCGGCCAUCUGCAGCCUCGCCUUUAGGUCCUCGCUUGAUUCUGGGGUGUUACACCGAAGGGCAAGAGGAGAAGCCAUGCCAGGCAGUGGCCCCAGUGAGAGGAUGACGUGGCCCGGCCCGGCCCUCCCUACGCCCCCCACAACCCGCCCUCUUUCCUCAGCCCCGGGAACACCGUCCAUCCCGCCGCUAACCAGGACCCGCAGCCUCAUGGCCAUGUCCCUGCAGGGAAGUAGAAGGGCCUCUGCCGGAUCUCGCAGGCGCACCUCUCCACCUGUGAGUGUGCGGGACGCCUACGGCACUUCUCCCCUCAGCAGCAGCAGCAACUCUGGCUCCUGCAAGGGCAGUGACAGCAGCCCCACACCGAGGCGCUCCAUGAAGUACACACUAUGCAGCGACAACCAUGGCAUCAAGCCUCCCACCCCAGAGCAGUAUCUGACUCCACUGCAGCAAAAGGAAGUUUGCAUCCGGCACCUGAAGGCCCGGCUCAAGGACACACAAGACCGGCUCCAGGACCGGGACACAGAGAUCGAUGACCUGAAGACGCAGCUGUCCCGCAUGCAGGAGGACUGGAUUGAGGAGGAGUGCCACCGUGUGGAAGCCCAGCUGGCUCUGAAAGAGGCUCGCAAGGAGAUCAGGCAGCUCAAGCAGGUCAUCGACACUGUCAAGAACAACCUGAUUGACAAGGACAAGGGGCUGCAGAAGUACUUCGUGGACAUCAAUAUCCAGAACAAGAAGCUGGAGACGCUACUGCAUAGCAUGGAGGUGGCCCAGAAUGGAAUAGCCAAGGAGGAAGGAACCGGGGAGUCAGCCGGCGGGUCCCCUGCUCGCUCCCUCACCCGCAGCUCCACCUACACCAAGCUGAGUGACCCAGCCGUUUGUGGUGACCGCCAGCCAGGGGAUCCCUCCAACACCUCUGCUGAGGAUGGAGCUGAUAGUGGUUUUGUGGCUGCUGACGACACACUGAGUCGGACGGAUGCCCUGGAGGCCAGUAGCCUGCUGUCAUCAGGAGUGGACUGUGGCCUUGAGGAAGCUUCUCUGCACAGCUCCUUCAAUCUGGGGCCCCGCUUCCCUGCCAGCAACACCUAUGAGAAGCUACUGUGUGGUAUGGAGGCUGGUGUGCAGGCCAGCUGCAUGCAGGAGCGGGCCAUCCAGACAGACUUUGUGCAGUACCAGCCUGACCUGAACACCAUCCUGGAGAAAGUGGGCCAGGCUCAGGGGUGUGGUUCAGUCCCCAAGGACAGGCACUCAGAGCUGGAUCGUCACUCCUCAGAGCCCAGAGACCCCAACUCAGCAGUGGUGGUGACAGUAGGUGACGAGCUUGAGGCCCCAGAGCCCAUCACUUGUGGGCCUGCAGCCAACUCUAACCCAGGACUGCCAGUGAGUGUAGUGUGUCCUGUGGAAGAGGAGGAGGAGGCAGCUGCCACCACUGAAAAGGAACCCAAGAGCUACUGGAGCCGCCACUACAUCGUGGAUCUACUGGCUGUGGUGGUGCCAGCUGUGCCAACGGUGGCCUGGCUCUGCCGUUCCCAGCGGCGCCAGGGCCAGCCCAUUUACAACAUCAGCUCCCUGCUGCGGGGCUGUUGCACAGUAGCUUUGCACUCCAUCCGUAGAAUCAGCUGCCGUUCACUGAGCCAGCCAAGCUCCAGCUCAGCGGGCGGCUCCCAGCUCUGAGGAGGCUGGCAGCUCUCCACUCUUGGCAGCCUGACCACUGAUUGUAGGAUGCCAUUUGCUGCCCCUCUCCAUCCCCACUGGCAUCCUCUUAUUUACUUUCAGGUCCGGAAUAGCGCCCCCACCCCAGAUGUUCACAGUGUCAGGGAUUCAGAAAGGCAUCCCAAAACUUGGAGAGAAAAGGUAAAAGGUGGCUAAUUGAAGAGGGAGAAACUGGUAAGAGCUCCCCUUUGGGCCCUCUUGUCCACCCAGACUUUAGACAAGGCAGGCCCUGCUCAAAACAUCCCUGGCUGUCUUGAUGUGGGGCUACUCCCCUCCCUUGCACAUUCUCUCCAUGCCUUCUCACCCAGACCACCCCUUGCCCUCUCCUCAGUCUCCUGGACCAGUAUUACUUCCUCAAAUGGAGGCAGCCAGGACCCAAAGUGCAGAGAGCUACCCCAAGCAGGGUCUGGCUGCCCAGGUCCCAUUGAAGCUCCAGCUCUCCUCCCUUGCCCUGGGAUGCAAAAGUGUGGUCCAGCUGGAACGAUCAGCUUAGGCAAGAGGGGCAGAGGGCAGGGUAGGUUCUGUGUAUGUCUGUCUGUUCUCCUUUUGGCUUCUGGGUGUGUUAGGUUUUCGUGAGACGUCCAAUGCCCAUCGCUACUCCUGACAUGCUCAACAUGGGAUUGGGAGGGAGCCAUUACCCAAGCCCCAGCUUCCCACUGGGAAAAUCAGCCAGCACAGAGAAGGUGAGGCCAGCAGCUCUAGGGGCCCUUCUCAUUUUGAGAUGAGUCCCAUCUCAUCUGUAGCCUAGAGGUACCUCAGUGAGUUGGAAAAGUCAGAGGCCACUUGCUCCGGGCCCCUUUGGCCUCAGGCCCUACCUACAUUUGCACUCAGUUCCCUUAGGGACUUAGUUUCCUGCCCGUCCCAGAACCUCCAAGCUGCUUGCUUUCUGGGAUGAGGGUUUCUGAAUCUCUGACCUAGCUGACUCCAGAGAAAGGUGGUCCUCUGGGUGCACCUCCAGACGGGGUUCUGAAGCCACAGCAGCUGCCUGUCCAUGCCAAAACAGGGUCCCCUGAGUGUGCUUUCCAACCAGGGGCAUGGCCAGGUGGUGGAAGCCUGCCUGUGCUGUUCCUGGUCCAGGCUCAGUCAGCCUGGAAAAGAUACCCUGAUCCUAAUUUCCUCCUCCUUCCCAGAGAGGAUAUACCUACCUGACUGGCCCACCUCUGGGAAGCUGGUAGAACCUUGCGUCUCACCCUCUGACAUAGGAGCCUCUCUGGUCCUCUCCACUAAGGUUGCGUGCCCUCACCUUUGCCCCAGUGGCCACUACUUGACUCAUGAGUUCUGCCCCUCCACUCUGUGCCCUCCCCAAGGGCACCUGCAUGCACUGGGAGUGGGCAGCAAGCCUAGCCAUCAGGGCAAGAGCCCUCUGCCAUGCGCUUUGUGCCUCCAAAACUCCCCCACCUCGGUUGGGGCCUCAGACCAGCCAUCCUUGGUGGAACAUCACUCCUAGCCCAGCUGAACCAAACCCAAAUACCUGAGGCUUCGCUGGGGCUGCCCCAUAGGACACAGGGGUGGUAUCAUGGAAAUACAGGGGAUAAAACUGAUCCAAAGCCACGCCAGGACUGGCCACGGACCCAGACUCCUGUGCACUCAAGGAGUUCCGUAUGUCUCCUUAGCAACAGUCGAAGCUCUGCUGAGAAAAUAAAUGUAUGAACUAUAUUUGACAACAUAAAGUCCAUAUAUUUUUCACCAUUGGCAUUUAGUCCAACUUUGCAGCCCCUCUGUUUCAUGUCUUGCUGUCUGGGCCUUCUUGUCGUGUCUCGUGUUUGGUGGACUUGGGCAGAGCUAGGACUAUGGUUCACUCUGCUCCUGCUGCUGGGGAAGCCAUUGUAAAGGGUCUAGGUCUGUAGAGUCAGUGAGUGGAAUUGGCCACCACCCUGCUCCUGCUGCGACCCUCGCCCUGCCUAUGUGGUCACCAGAAGACCUUGCCUACAGCGGGGGUCCUCGUCCAUGAGUUCUGCUUGUGAGAAGGGCUCUGCUCCUUGCCCGUGGAGUGAGUGGCUCAUCACCCAGCCCUGCGACAACCCUGGAACCUGCAGGCUGGGGUGAUGGCCCUGCUCCUAAGUAUAUAUAAGCUCAGAGUCCCAUAUCCAUACAAAGGGAUUGCAUGCUCAUGUAAUCCCAGGAGGUGGGCUUGGAAGGAGACACUUCAGCAGCCUGCUGGUUCCGGAAAUGGAGAAGGGGGCUGGGCGCAAGGUGGAACUGGGCCAGGCUCCCUUUGGAUGCUCAUCCCUAAGCUCCCCCCUUCCCUUCCAGUUGGCUACCACCCAUAGGCUGCAAUUUGCCCUCUUGCCCUUGGCUCCUGGAGCAAAAAUGUUUAGGGUGCUGUUUUUCCCUGCCUCCAGUCAGAGCAGACAAGGCCUUGAGGAAGUGUCUCCAGGAACUACCUUCUGUAGCUGCUGGGCCCUUGGAUCCCAGUAGCCUGAGGUAGUGGCUCCUUUGUUCUAGAGUCCUCUCAUGGAGCUUAGUUAGGACUUGUAAACAGAGGCAGCCUUGAGCAGAGUUCAUGACCAAUGUCUCCAAGCAGCUUGCCUACAUAGCUUUUCACUGAGACCCCUUUUCACCUGUAAAGGCAUAGGACAGCAAAUCCCCAGGCUCUAGGGCCAAAGGCCUCUGAGGGGCCUUCAUUCAGGGAACUCAUAGCCCCCUCUGAUCUAAGUGACAACUCAAAGAGGCCACCAAGCACUCUCAUAUAAAGCUAGCCCCUUGACAGAAGCUUCAGGGGUCACAGAAAAGGGGCCAUGGGAAAGGGUCUUAACUCUCAGUCUCCUUUGUCCUUUUGUUCAGACAGAGUUGUGCCUGUAGCAGACAGCUCUGAAUUAAAGCAUGAACACACACA